AUGGAUAAUCUUGCAGCAGCAGCAGAUACAACGCACAGGUACUUCCGCGACUCCCUCCAGCUCCGACAAUCCUCUUCCUCCUCCAUUUUUGCUGGUUUGCUCUUUCUGCCUCCUCUCUUCCCUCCCAUGGCAUCAGCCACAUUGUCUUUGCUGCUCUCCGUGCCGCCUCGCAGUCUCUAUUGUCACUCCCACUCCUUCCGUUCAUCGCCGCCCAGUGCAAAGCAGCCCUCUGUCCCAAUCCUCGACCUCAAGCCCCUCGCUUUUCCUUUCCCUCACAAACCUACCACCUCCUCCUCUUUCGCCCCGCGUAGUUUGUACUCGAAGAGAGUUUAUGUGCGUGCCGUUGCGGAAGAAGCCGCGGUCGCUUCUUCCUCUUCUUCUUCGGAGGGCGCGGCCGCCAGGAGGCUCUACAUCGGAAACAUCCCCAGAGACGUCGACAACGCCCAGCUCACCCAAAUUGUUGAGGAGCACGGCGCCGUUGAAUCAGCUGAGGUGAUGUACGAUAAGUACUCUGGCAGAAGCCGCCGAUUCGCAUUUGUUACGAUGAAGACAGUCGAGGAUGCCAAUGCCGUGGUAGAGAAACUGAAUGGCUCUCAAAUAGGAGGCCGGGAGAUCAAAGUAAACAUCACUGAAAAACCUUUGCCCUCAGUGGAUUUGUCCCCUUUUCAAUCUGAGGAAUCCCAGUUUGUGGACAGCCCACACAAAGUAUAUGUGGGAAAUCUUUCUAGGUCGGUAACUACAGACACGCUGAAGCAAUUUUUCUCUGAGAAGGGGCAGGUACUUAGUGCAAAGGUUUCACGGGUUCCAGGAACAUCAAAAUCCAGUGGGUUUGGUUUUGCUACCUUUUCCUCGGAUGAGGAUGUGGAAGCCGCUAUUACAUCUUUUAACAAUGCUCUAUUGGAAGGACAACGAAUUCGUGUGAACAAGGCGUAGCAGUGGGGGAGAGCUUUAGCUUUUGAGAUAUGCACAUCACUUAUGUAUCCUCCGGAGAUAUCAGUAUUUUGCGCUUUUGGAGUGUUUUGGUUCUAUUUAGAUACCUGAAAAGGGUAGGGUGUAAAGGAGAUAGUUUUGAAGCUCGGUUGCGUAUUGUAAGUUUCAUCUUGAGAUUGAUCAUGCUGCUUUAUUGAUGACCCCAAGACUGACUUGAUACUCUUGAGUGCUA